AUGUUAAUCAAGUAUGCUCUUCUUUCCUCUCCUUUGUUUAUGGUGGCUCUAGGGAGCUUUGGGUGGAACAAGAUGACUAAUCUAGUCGUGUUAAUAAGAGUCCGAACUUUGACCGGAAAGGAAAUCGAGCUCGAUAUCGAACCCGAUUAUAAAGUCUUUAAGAUUAAGGAACGUGUCGAGGAGAAGGAAGGAAUUCCACCGGCCCAGCAGCGUUUGAUUUUCGGUGGUAAACAGAUGGCCGACGAUAAGGCGGCUUCGGAGUAUAACCUUGAAGGAGGAGCUACGCUGCACUUGGUUCUUGCUCUAAGAGGAGGACGGUGA